AUGACGGGCUGUGUUUCCCUCUCAGGGUCGACUGUCUGUCCCGCUUGGAGUAGCUCCUCGGUUUCGACCAAUUCCUCUCAAUAUGCGGAUUUUCCAUGGAUGGAAAAUGUUUCAAAUCUCACAUCCUUCGACACAUCUCUUACAAACUAUGUCUCGUCGACAUAUGUGACAAACAAGUUUGUCGACUCUUUAGGGUGCAAAGGUCUGAAUGAGAGCGCGUUGAGUGAUUACUACGCCCAAUAUACGAUCAGUGUCCUCUGCAGUAGCAUCAUUCAGAGCUCAAUUGAUGACUGCGGCUUGACUUCCAGUCAAUCGGAUCCGGUAUGCGCGGAUACGUGCGCGCUCAUGGCGACUAGCGAGGAGGAAAUCAUUGUCAACACAGACCUAUGCUCGAGUGCUGGAAAGAACUACAUGUCGCAAAUUCGAUCUGACUUCACAAUCUGCUCGUCACCUGCAGACUCGCUGACUGGGAGCUGUGUUGAGGGAUCCACCAAUGAGCCUACCAACUGUGGAUUCGCCAACAAUACCGUCGGACUUUGCACUUAUUGCGACUCAGAGACCGACUCAUGUUGCACCAGUGCGAACGCCACCACAGUCUGUAAAGACGUUACUAUUCCAACCUCUACCGCAUCUCUACAGCCAGUCGUGACAACCAGCUCGGCUGCUGGCGCCGGCGCCGGCAAUGGAUUGUCCGGCGGCGACAUUGCGGGCAUUGUGGUAGGUUCCGUUGCAGGAGCGGCCAUCUUGAUCGCACUUAUCGUUUUGCUUUUCUGUUGCCGCCGACGCCGCCGCCGUGGGUCGCAGGGUGAUGCUGUCAGUCUCAACCAGCCCAACCCACAAAGGAAAGGUGUUGCGCCGCCCAUGCAGCAUGUGGAUAGCCCGACAUCAGCAACGUUCAAUAUGGUUCCAGGGGGCCGUGUCGCGCGUAUGUCUGCGUUGCGUGAAAUGCCCAGCUCUUCUCCUGCCCAUUCACGUACAUCUGGUGCGAUGUUCGCAGCUAUAUACAGCGAUACAUCGGACUCCGAAGGUAUGGGGGCUAGCCCAGGAGCCAUGUCUAAGAGAAUUCCACCGGUGACCGGAAAGCGUCAUGGUUCGCUUUCAAGCAGCUCUGCUCUGGCUGGAAUGGAUAGUGAUAGCUCACCGCGUUCUGGUACUAUUGGUCAAUACUCUUCUCCUGAAGGAGUGACCAGUGGUCAGUCUGAGCAGUUGUCGUAUUUCCGCGACUACUACUCCCAAGAUGAUAUCCAUGCUGGUGAUCAAGUAGCUGUCCUCUGGGCUUAUUCACCGCGGGCGGGUGACGAGUUUGAACUGGAUCGGGGUGAGAUGCUAAAGGUAAUUGGCAUCUGGGACGAUGGCUGGGCCACGGGUGUGCGUCUUCAUGAGCGCGCCGAAGAUUUUGAUCUCCGUCAUCGUGAACAGCGUGACAGUGGUGUUUCCAAUGGCUCGCAUCGGCGAGGCCCAUCACCGACGCCUUCUGGCGAGAUCAAGGCUUUUCCCUUGGUCUGCAUCUGUCUCCCGCAGCACUGGCACAAGAUUAUUGAUGGCAGUCUGCAAGAGGAAGACGAAGAGUUUUGA